CACCCAAUGUGUUGACUUCCUCAAUCAACCCGGGGUGAUGCCAGUAAAUUUCCAGGAGCCCCCAGAGCCUACGGUGGUGCCAAGCUGCAAGUGGUUGCUCACCGUUUACAGCCAAGACAUUCUGACCAGGCUGGAUGAAAUCCAUGCCAGAAUAACAUCCACCUAUGGCUCUGUCUUGAAGAUGGAUUCUACUAAAAAGAUCACCAAGAAGCUGGCUGGGACAGCGAGGGGAACGGGACUCUGGCUUACCUCUGUUGGCAACGAGUUUGGUCAGGUGCUCAUAAGUGUGCUGACAGCCCAGGAAGGAGCAGGACUUGACAUGAUGGUAGACGGUCUGGUGAAAAGAUACCAGCAGGCUGGUGUAAAUCCACCUUCUGUGUUGUACGUGGACUGUGGGUGCUGCAGUGAGGUGAGCGAGAGCAAGCUGAAAACCAGGUUUAGGGGCUGACCAGAUCUCAUGAUACGCUUGGACAUCUGGCAUUUUAUGCGCAGGAUUGCCUUGGGGUGUACAACUGAUGCCCAUCAGUUGUACCCCAUUUUCAUGUCACGGCUAUCAGCAUGCAUCUUUGAAUGGGAUGCAGCUGACGUCUCUAUCCUUCGCAAAGCAAAGAGAGAGCUGUUGAUGUCCCAGGGUUGGCCUGCGCUGACAGAUGAAGAUGUAAACAAGCAUCUGACCAGGGAGGAGCUGGCUCUACAUUGCCGGAGGAGGACCCGUGGAGAGGAGACUACCAUCCUUCUCCUUGAACAACUGCUUACAGAACUCCUGAGCAGCAAGGGAAAUGACUCUCUGGGGGUUCCUCUCUUGGAUCGAGAAAGGAUGGAGCACAUCUGGUGUGUCCAAAAGAAGCACAUCAAGUGUAUCCAAGACCCUCUUGGUGUUGCCCUCUAUACUGAGACCGGGAGCCUAACCAAGGGAGGUGUGCUUCUGAAGACUUACAGAUGUGCCAGAGGCUCCACUUCUCUUGAAUCCUUUCAUUUACACCUUAACCGUUUCAUCCCAGGGACCAGUGCAAACAGUCUGAACUUUCAGAUUUAUUUGUUGGAGGGUCUACACAGGUGGAACCAGGAUCGGGAGGCAGCUUCCAUGUCAUCUGAGCCAUCAGCUUUACGCAGCUACACAGGAGAACUUGUUCACUGUGUAAACAGCAAUUAUGAAAAGCUGUUUGGCAGGAAAGUGGUCCCCACGUUUUGUCCCCCUGCACGUUACACCGGUGAGCUCAUUGGAGUGCAGUAUCUAUUCCAGCAGACUGGUCAGGCACUGCAGGACAUGAACCCAGACUCUGAAGAGACGGCAGAGCUCAUCGAGGAACUUAAUGUGGAGGAGCGAGAUGAAGAUGAGGGCUUCUGUGAUGUCAGCGAGGAUCACACAAUUGCAGAUCCCGAGGAUGUUCUGUCACCUCCCUCCUCCACUCUGACACUGGGUUCUUCCACCGUGGUCACCAGCAGUGACACGGCUGUACUGGGUUCCACAUCCCCUUCACUGGUCCCUGAUCCUACACCUGCUCCUUCAUCACCUGGACCCUCGGGGACUGCUGUGCCACCUUUUCCCUCUGAAACAUCUGUUUCACCACUCUCCUCAGAGCCAGAGGAUGCUGGUCAGGAUGAUGAUGACGAUGAAGAGACUGCUGUUGACUACCAAAAUGUCCCGGGAUACCAACAUGUGGACAAGCUGGCCGAAUAUCUGGUGGAGCUCCGGGGUCACACAGCCCUUAGCCUGACCAAUCAGGAAGCCAGCACCAUAAUUGAACUUUGGCAGAACCUGGCUGACCAGGACAAGCAACGGGUGGUGUAUGCAGCUAGACACCAGAAGAGACUGCUGAGUGGACGCUUCAGAGUACCAAAGAGGCCCACUAAAACCCCAGGAGUAGAGAGCACCAUCAGAAGUGUGCUGGGAGCAAGCAGCGCACCUGCUCAGUGGCCUGACUGUUGCCGUCUGGUGGAAACCAUCUUCAUCAGGCUUUGCAAUACCCACCCAAGCCCCAAGAGAAAAGGCAAGGGAACGCUGUCGAGAUGGUCUCUAAUCCUCCAGGAUUACAGGAGGAUAAGGCAGCUUGUACUGGGCAACAGCUUGGUGAUGGGAGGAACCUUAAUGCAGCUGAUGGAGGUUAACCAGAAUACCCUGAUUCAGUGGUAUAACAACAGACAGAAAAAGCAGGAACUGUCUGUGCUGAUUCAGGGCAUUCAGUUGCCUCAGCCCCUCCCUGAAGCUCAGGAACCUCUCCAGGCUGCCAAACGCCUACGGACUGAGCCAGAACAAUCAGGGGAGCAGCACCAGUACAAGCUACCAGAGAGCACAGCAGGUCAGGCAAAACAGAGGCACACCUCUACUGGGCGACCUCCUCUCAGACCCAAGGCACCAACACAGACUACUAUGUUGGUUACGCCAUCAGCACCUGGAGCAUCAGUGCAGAUGGUACCCAAUAUACUUAUACCUGCAGCACCAGGUUUCCCGGGUGUGCCAAUGCUUCAGGGUGUGCCAAUGUUCCAGGGCAUGCCAAUGGCUCAAAGACUGCCAAUGGUCCAGGGCAUGCAAAUGGUCCAGGGCAUGCCAAUGGUCCAGAGGAUGCCAUUGGUUCAGGGAAUGCCAAUGGUUCAGGGAAUCCCGAUGGUCCAGGGAAUGCCAGUGGUUCAGGGGAUGCCACUGUUACAUCCUACAGUUGUGCAGGGCACAAGUUCACAACCAGCUGCCAAUCCCCAAACCAUGCCUAAGAGACCCUACAAGAGAACUGUAGAGGCGAACACUUGCAAGAAAUGCGGACAUUUCAAAACCAGUGCAACAGGACAUAGCCAGUACAGGGGCAAAGUAUACUGCCCACAAUCUGAAACUGUUACAAAAGAACAGUGGUUAGAGGAAAUGCGGAAAACUGUUCCCAAAUAA